UAACAAUGAAUAUUCUAGAAUCUGGAUUAAAUACCAAAAGCUUAGCAGCUUAUGAACUCCAGCUAGAAUAUGAAUAGGAAGAGAGUCGCUAUUAUUCAUGUUGGUUACAUAAGUGAUAAGACAUAUAGAAAGAAAGGAGAAGCAAAGAGAUAAUAGGAGCUAAAAUCGAAUGGAUUCAGUAGACCAUGAGUCAACGCCAGAGGCAGGGAGAGAAGCAGAGGAGAGUGAUAUUGCAGAAGAAGGAGUGAGUGGUAAAGGAACGUGGAAGCACGCAGCUUUUCAUGUUGCCACCACUAUUGCCACCCCUGCUGCUUAUGCUCCCUUGCCUUUUGCUCUUGCUUCUCUCGGUUGGCCUCUUGGUGAGUAGUUUGGUGAGUGCAACCCUAGCCACCUGGUACUCUAGCUUUUUGAUCGCUUCUUUAUGGAAAUGGAAUGGGGAGAAGCACCUUACCUAUCGACAUCUCGCACGCAGUAUUUUUGGAUUUUGGGGCUUCUGGUCUAUUUCCUUUUUCCAGCAGGUAGCUUCUCUGGGAAAUAACAUUGCUAUCCAGAUUGCAGCUGGUAGCAGUCUUAAGGCAGUUUACAAGCACUAUCACAAGGAUGGAAAAUUGACCCUGCAGCAUUUCAUUCUUUUCUUUGGAAUGUUUGAGCUAUUUCUCUCUCAGCUCCCUAAUAUUCACUCACUAAGAUGGGUAAAUGCACUGUGCACUUUCAGCACAAUUGGCUUUGCUGGCACAGCAAUUGGUGUUACCAUUUACAAUGGGAAGAAGAUUGACAGAACAUCAGUAAGUUAUAGUUUGCAGGGAAGUUCUGCUUCUAAGUCUUUCAAAGCCUUCAAUGCCCUUGGGAUCAUUGCCUUUUCAUUUGGUGAUGCAAUGCUUCCAGAGAUACAGAAUACAGUGAGAGAACCUGCAAAAAAGAAUAUGUACAAAAGCAUAGCAGCAGCAUACACUGUCAUUGUUUUGACUUACUGGCAGUUGGCCUUCUCUGGAUACUGGGCUUUUGGAUCAGAAGUUCAACCUUAUAUUUUGGCUUCUUUGUCUGUUCCUGAAUGGACUGUUGUUAUGGCAAAUUUAUUUGCAGCUAUUCAAAUAUGUGGAUGCUUUCAGAUAUACUGCAGGCCAACAUAUACCUAUUUUGAGGAAAGAAUGAGGACCAGCAAAUCUACCAGCCAUUUUCCACUCAGAAAUCACCUGGCAAGGCUUUCUUUUACUUCCAUAUACAUGAUCCUUGUUACUCUUAUUGCUGCAGCUAUGCCCUUCUUUGGAGAUUUUGUGUCCAUCUGCGGUGCAAUCGGAUUUACUCCCCUGGACUUUGUGUUCCCUGCUUUAGCAUACCUUAAGGCUGGAAAUAUGGCCAAGAACUCCAAAAUUGGUCUAUUGAUGAGGCCAUUAAAUAUUUUAAUAGCUACCUGGUUCUCAAUCGUUGCUAUCUUGGGUUGCAUUGGUGCUGUCAGAUUCAUAGUGGAAGAUAUCAAGAACUACAAGUUCUUCCAUGAUAUGUGAAAGAUUUUGGACGUACUCCCCCCAAAAAAAUUCUUUGAGUAAGUUAUACUUCAUUGAACUCAGAUUCUACAAAAAAAUUGUCCGAAUCAACUUUAGUUCAGCUACUCAAUUCUACAUUUUACACCCUCAUAUUUCUAACGCACACAUAAGACAUUUCAUCCUCUUGCUCAAAAGAUUCGGAAGCAAAAAAUUUGUUGAUAAUUUCACUGAACCGAGGAUGAAUAGGUCAUGUGUCAGGGCCACAGUAACGUGAUUUACUUACAAAAUACCAAUAUGAUAUACAGCAUUUUCUAUUGC